AUGGAUUACGGCGGAGGCAGCUGGAUGAUGGUUCCCAAUGAGAGCCCCGGAGCACAAGACCUCCAUUCAAUCCAUGCGCAUAGGCAACAGAUACAGUUUCAAGACCCUCAGCAACAGCAGUACCAGCAACAGCAACAGCAACAGCAACAGCAACAGCAACAGCAUCAGCAGCAGCAACAUCACCAGUCUCUGGCUUCGGAUUUCCAUCUUCUUCACGUAGAUUUUUCCUCUAGUAGGCUAGGACAUUUCCAUUUCAAAACUGAAUUUCUCAUAUUUAACAUCAGCUAAACACGGUUUGAAGUGUACGGUGAAAAAAAUAGAAAAAGAGGACCUUACUAUAUAGUUGAAUUUCUUUAGUUCCGCUUAAUCAAAUUGCAUGACCUGAGUCAUUUUUUCAAGUGAAUAAAAUAAAAAUUCCAUAUUUCCUUAAACCAUCCACAAGUGUCCACCGACUCAUGGCUAUAUAUUUGUAAGCAUCAAAGGUGGUUAUGGCUUGGAGGCCAAAAUGUCUGUUGUCUAGGUUCUUCACUCGUGCAUGAAUUAUCCUUAUUAGGUUAGAGCUUGCUGUGGUAAUACAGAUGUAAAGACUCAGAUGAUACAUUUUUUGUUCAAUUUAUGGGAUCAUAUAAGGGUAAAUAAUAGUGGGGUGUGACGAGUAUGAGGGCUUACAGGGAUUUAAUAAAAGCGCACCAUAAAUUUUUCAUCAUUGAUGCUUAUUUUAUUUCAUGAGAUGACCAAUUCCUUGGAUAUUUAGUCCGAUUAUAAAGUGCUUAUUCCAUUUACUCUCAUGGUUGUCGUUGAUGAAUCUUUCUUUUUGUUGUGUACGUACUUUUUACCAUAACGUUAAUCAACUUGAAGUACAUACAUCAACUUUGGUUUUCUGUUCCUUUUACCUGUCAUCUUCGUAACACUACACUAGAAGCAUUUUAUAUCAUGCUACAGCCUUUGUUUUGAGGGCACGUGUGCUAAUUUUUAUAUUUUAGCAGGCAACAUAAUUUUGAACAUAAUAGUUGAAUUAACUAUUACUCUAUUUUUGUUGAACUACCAUAUUCGUUUUGAUAUGGAAGCUCUUAGGUGACGGAACAUCAGAUAAACAAAUGUGCACUUGCUUCCUGUGCUAAUUUUCUGCAUAGGAAAUAGUAUUAUAUGUUCUUUGAAACCUCUUUAUCACAAGUUACAUUUUCUUCUCUUUGUUUCAAAUUGUGGAAAAUUUUAUUGUUUCAUCUUUCAUUUUUCAGAUUGUCGAAAGCUUAGCUGGUGCAAUAGAAGGUGGGUCACGUGACCAACAGUUGGAUGCUCUGGUUGGUAUCCUUUAUCCACAUCCAAAACAAAUGCUUCCUAAGCCGAAAGUGUCACUUUUUACGAUUGCAUGCGCUUCCUUUACGUUGGCAUCUAAAUUUCGAUUCGUGAAAUCUUAGAUUUCCACAAGUUACCUCGUUUUCUUGGUUUAUUAGUUCAUAAGGCAAGAUUAUGCUCUUCAGCAAAUUGGAGGUCCUGGCUUAAGUUCGUGAAUGUCGGUGAAUGUAUUGUAUAUUAUAUCAUGAUUCUCCUUGAUGCUCUAAUUAACAGUCUCCAAUUAAUAACUUAUCUGUUUCCUUAUAUUUCCAUUUUUUUUAAUUUUUUAAUUUUUAGUUUCCUCUUUUUUAAAAUAAUUGAAAUCCUGUGUUGCACAGAAAAUAGAUAGUCAUAUUUAGUCACUUGGAUAUCUCCUUCUUUUUGGAAAUGUUCAGGCCUCAAAGGUUAAGAAUUGGUUAAUCUUAGAUAAAUAAAUAUGAUCCAAUAAAAAAAAAACUCGAGAUGAGGAAAUUUGAUAAUCUACAGGCGCUUGGCCAGAGCUGGCUUGCCUCUACACGAAUUCACAGCAAGUCGUUUGUGUCAAUAGCUGUAUGGCUUUAAGAGGCCUUGAAAACCUAGCCUCUGUGUUUAUCUAAACUACUGAAUUUGUGUUAUGUUGUUUGUGUCACAUCAAAUGUCCAAAUCAUGCAUUGCUAAUCUGUGAACAGUAUUAAUUUCAAAGCUCACCUUUUAGUGGGAUCUGGAGGAUGCAAAGCUUGCCUUCUUUGAAAAGAGUGAGGUAUAGAUGAAUCACGGAUUGCUGGUUUGUGAACAAUUCGCCUAUUUAAAGGAGUUGAGGAGGGAGCUGGAAGAUACCAAAUUAACUUUGGUCUUCAGACACGAACAAUGGAAGUAGAUUCCCACAAAACAGUUUGAUUGCAAGAUUUUUGAUAAAACCUUGUUUCUCUCCUUUUCGGUGGCUGUGUUCAAACCAGUGUAUUGAUUUUACGUCUUGAGUGCUCUCCUAUCCUUUAAACAAAAUGUUUUUAACGCAAUGCCUGAGAGGGAGGGUAGCCUACAAGCUUGAGAGUAAUGACAAUUUUUAAUUAAAAUAAUAAAGUAAAUUAAUUCGCUAUUUUUUUUAAUAAAAUAAUUAUCUUAUUUAUAAAAUUUAUUAAGAUAUAUUUAUAUUUUUACACUUUUAUUUAAUUCAAACCUGCUUAUGUAAAUUUUUUAAAUACUUUGAUGAAGCCAGUGUUCAUUGUAUGUGUGCAUCGUUAUUUCUCAAAUAGUUUUGGUUUAAUUUGAUAUUUAAAUAUUAUUUUCUAACAUUUAUAACAAGGCAUUGCCAAUCGUCUCUGCUGCUUGUUACCAUGCCAUGAACUGGUUGACUUCCGCCAUAAAAACCAUGGAUAAAUCCUUGAUACUUAACCAUGCUGCAUUCAGUUACUUUGUUUAGUACUUUCCUCUGUGAGGAAUGCCUUUCUCUUGCUGUCUUGUAGGUUAAUGAGUUGACCAGCCACUUCAAUAACUGUCAGCAGCUGCUGAACUCCAUCUCAGGAACCAUUAAUGCAACACCUGUGGUAACCAUCGCUCCCUCUCCCAGUGGAAAUAUGCAAGGGAAUUCUUCAUGAUUUACAUUGUUUGAUGAUCUCUAUAACUGAAUAUAGUCAGUAUCUUAUCUUCUUACCUUAUAUAAGAUCUCGUUUUUUCAUUAUUAUCUACUAUUUUUUUUUCUAAUUACAUAUCUGCACAUGCUAUUUUGCCCACCUAACCAUAUUAUACAUAUUCUGGUAAUUUUUUCCUAUGAAGAUGAACACUCUAACAGCCAUAUAUCUCCAUUGGGGCCUCCGCAUACUUUGGUUGUCUACAUACUUCGUAUGAUUCAUGCUCAAUUAUUAUUAAGAUUAUUUACCCUGUCUACUUCUUCAUGGCUGGAUAUUAAGCCAACUUCUCAGGAGAGAAGCGUCCAUCGCAUCAGUGUUUAUGUCUUCUGUCUAUCUUCAUAUCCACACGUUCUUCAUUUUUUUUUUAGGUUUUUAUUUGCAAUAAAUCAGAUUAAAUAUCUCAUAGAUAAUAAUUUCUUAUAUGCAUUUAUCCAUGUUUAUACAAUAUCGACAGGGAGAAAAUUUCCCAUUCUGCCACUUCCACAUGUUCUUCAUUUUUUUUUUCUUUGCAGUAAAUCAGACUAAUUUCUCAUAUAGAAAUUAAUUUCUGAUGUGUAUUGUCCUGAAGUUCCAAAUAUAGGUUUAUUUAUCCGUGUUAUAGGAUAAUAUUCUUCAUUUUUUUUCUGUGAAAAUAUUUUACAAAAAAUGAGAUUGAUUUUUUCCAUGGAAGAAAUAAUGUUUUAUUUAUCUAUGCUGAUCUGAGGAUGCUCGCUUAUUGUGAUGAGUUUUCUGACAGACUGUCGAAGGCCAGAAAAAGAAACUCGAGGAAGCUGAGCAGCAGCUGAACCAGAGAAGGUUUGCUCUGAAAUUGCUUCAGAAGUAUAUUCAGUCCACCUGUACUCCAGACUUCAUCUCUCUUCGUUGACCUUUUUCAGGGACCUAAUGAACAAGUACAAGAGCUGUGUGGAGGACCUUGUCAAACCAAACAGACAGAAAUAG